AUGGAAGUCAAUGGUGAACCAGAUAUAGCUGGUAUUUUAAGCGCGGCUUUAAUGCCAUUGAAAGAUAUGAAACAUGCAGAUAUUUUGGACCAGUAUGAAAUGAACAUGGCUGAUGGAAAUAUAACACCUGACGUUCUAGAACAUUUAUCUCAAAGAACUACACAGAACCAUAAAGAUGGUAUAUUUGGUGAAGAGUUUAGAAAGAAAGUUAGGGAGAGAGAAGGAAGAGAACCUAUUGUACAUGACCUUGCAAACGAAAGUUUACAAAAUGUCAUAAAAACUUACUUUGCAGACAAUGAAUCGAGAAGGGAUGAAUAUUUAAGAAAACUCAAAUGGACAGUACCAAAUGAAAUGUUAGUAUUGAAAAACAUGUUCCUUGACAAAAUAAAACCAACUACAGAAAUAAAUGACGCAAGACUGAAAGAUUGGGUAAAAGCUUUCCCAUUCACAAAGAUAUAG